AUGCUGGUGCCUGAAGUAUAUGUAAAAGAGGAUCAGUCUUCACUUUCUCAAAGUGACCUCCUUAGUGAUAACUCUAUGCAAGCCGGAGUACUUCCAGUUCUGGAAAUCCAAAGGCUUCUUCUGAGGAAAACAUGGACAAAAAGACAAACGAAGAAGGUAGCAAAAGAACCAGAUGUGAGAAAGACUGAACAAGAAGAAGAAAAAGAGACCACGGAGGAUGCUGAGAACGUAGUAGAGGAACGCAGUGCUCAAAACCGAAGCUUACCAAGCUUGUUCAGGUUUGUUUGCUUGGCUCAAGACUAA